AAGUUUUUUUGUUUAAUCUUCACUGUGGUUAAAGAAGAGCGCGCGCUUCUGCUGCUGCCACUCCGUGCGAGCGCGCGCGCGCGUGUGUGUGUGUGUGUGUGUGUGUCGGCGCGCGCUGGCGGGUUUUAAAGCUCGCGUGAGAACUUGGUGAUGUCAGAGCGGCUCGGGUCAUUUGAAGGUUAGCAGCCUGGGAAGGGUUCAUGGAGAGUUCACUCGCAUACAUUAAGCAAUCCAAUCUUUCACUCUGCGCGACAAAAAAAAGAAAGAAUCUAGUAGGAAAUGAGCUGCGCGGAGGCAGGAGAAGUCAUUCGUCAUCGACCGGGGGAGAGAUGCGCUUUUAAACUCGAUCUGCGUUGUUUAUAAAAAAAUAUAUCUGAUCGGAUAGAGGACAGUCCUUCCUGCGCUGGAGAGAGAGAGAGAGAGAGAGAGAGAGAGAGAUACACACAUAGCGGGAAAUCACUUACAGUACAUCUGUUGCAUUUUCCUGAAGAAGAAGAAGAAGAAGAAGAAAGAGAAGGAGAAGGAGUGAAAAUGAUGCACUGUCACUUUUUUCACUGCACCGACCUUCCUCAGUGGUGAUGAACUCUGUCACUCUGUCGGACUGAGCAGAAAACUCAUCUACACUUCAAUGGAGUUUUUGGAUGCACUUUUGCAAGACGCAAAACAUUUGCAAGACUAAAGGAGGAAGAGGAAGGAAGGGAAAAAAACGAGGGGAAGGCAGAAGGAGCUUGAGCUUGAGCCUGAGGGUGCAUGUCCACCAUGUUCGACUGCAUGGAUGUUCUGAGUCCGGGGCAGAUGCUGGAUCUGUGCAGCGCCAGUCCGGCGUGCAUGCUGCAGGAGAAGGCGCUGAAGGCGUGUUUCAGCGGAAUCCCACACACAGACUGGCGGCUCCGGCGCAGCGCGCACUCCAUCGAGACACAAAGCAGUAGUUCGGAGGAAUUGGUGCCCAGCCCGCCCUCGCCCCUGCCCCCUCCACGCGUCUACAAGCCCUGCUUCGUGUGCCAGGACAAAUCCUCUGGGUACCACUAUGGCGUCAGCGCCUGCGAGGGGUGCAAGGGUUUCUUCCGCAGGAGCAUCCAGAAGAACAUGGUGUACACAUGUCACAGGGACAAGAACUGCAUUAUCAACAAGGUGACGAGGAACCGCUGCCAGUACUGCCGUCUGCAGAAGUGCUUUGCUGUUGGAAUGUCUAAAGAGUCUGUGCGGAAUGACAGGAAUAAAAAGAAGAAGGAAAGUCCGAAACCGGAGCUGACAGAAACCUAUGAGCUCACAGCUGAGCUGGAGGCCAUCAUUGAAAAGAUCCGGAGGGCACACCAGGAGACGUUCCCAUCCCUCUGCCAGCUGGGCAAAUACACCACGAACUCGAGUGCCGACCAUCGUGUGCGUCUGGAUCUGGGUCUGUGGGAUAAGUUCAGUGAGCUGGCCACCAAGUGCAUUAUCAAAAUUGUGGAGUUUGCCAAACGGGUGCCAGGCUUCACUGGACUCACUAUCGCCGACCAGAUCACUCUGCUCAAAGCCGCCUGCCUGGACAUAUUGAUCCUCCGUAUCUGCACACGGUACACACCGGAUCAGGACACCAUGACCUUCUCAGAUGGACUGACACUAAACCGGACGCAGAUGCACAACGCCGGAUUUGGGCCGCUCACAGACCUGGUGUUCACCUUCGCCAACCAGCUCCUGCCCAUCGAGAUGGACGACACGGAGACAGGCCUGCUCUCAGCCAUCUGCCUCAUCUCCGGAGAUCGUCAGGAUCUGGAGGAGCCGUCCAAGGUGGACCAGCUCCAGGAGCCUCUUCUGGAAGCGCUGAAGAUCUAUGUGAGAAAGCGCAGACCCAGCAAGCCCCACAUGUUCCCCAAGACCCUUAUGAAGAUCACGGAUCUCCGCAGCAUCAGCGCCAAAGGUGCCGAGCGAGUCAUCUCUUUAAAGAUGGAAAUCCCUGGUUCUAUGCCUCCUCUCAUUCAGGAGAUGCUGGAGAACUCCGAGGGCCAGGAUGGACAGAGCUCUUUGGAAAAGAGCAGUGUGGAAGAAAAUAGCAGCUCCGUCGAUCUGAAGUCUGCCACGUCGCCCUCUCCAGAACCCUCUUCCUCGUCGAGCGAGGAACCUUAGAAGCAGAGUAGUGAGAACCCCAUGUCUCUCUUAUUGUGCACAGUACAAGUGGACCAUCAGUGCUACCUUAUCCCCAGUGUAAACAUUUUUUUUAAAGAAUUUAUUCCACCUUUCUUCAUCUAUGACUACAAAAACACUAGAAACAAGGACGGUUGUCCAGGAUGAAAAUGUGCUUUGCGCUUAAAAACAUUCAAGCAUUCGUACUAUGGAACUUCCAACAUGCACAGCCUGCAGCACACUCAAGUGUGUAUGCGAGCACAUUCGUGUGUUACUGAAUGCCUAACAGAGGUGAAACUCCUCAGGUCUGCUGUGUAUAUUUUUGCUAAACCUGCAUGACAGGCUCUUAAUUCGUCCUCCGCUCCCUCUCUCUCUCUAUAUGUCUCUCUGCCAUCGUUCAUGUUGGCAUGCAUUGUACAUACCAUCGUAUGAAUAGACCUCUGUAUGACACAUUUUGUGGUGCUUUUUUAAGUCUUAAUAUUAUCAUUUGAGGCGAAACAUUAAAUUUAAAGAUGAACAGAUGACCUUUAACCAUUAGAGGGCACUAUAAAGAGCAUUAAUGGACAAUAAGCUCAGCUGUGCAUCUUUAAACGAGGCUCUUCAUAUAAAUUCCUUUAAAAGAAAUCUAUAUAGAAUGUUCUGGCAUAAAGACAAUAUGGCAGUCUAAUAUUUUCUAUAUUCAUAUAUUUAAUCCUGUUUUGUUUCUGUAUCUUCAUUUGUUUCAUAUCAGGAAAAUACACACACACAUACACACACACACACACACACACACACACACACACACACACACACAGUAAAUGACUAGCUAAUGACUAACUGUCAUUACCUUUCAUUAGUAAUAGAGGGAGUCCACAGGAGCAGCAUUUUCACUUCAAAUCUAUAAGUGCAAGUUGAUAUAAACUCUGUAUUUCUGAUGUGACAUGCACAUCUUAUUGAGUUGAUAUUCAUUCAUUCACCUGCAGUAUCACUUUAUCUUAAAUCAUUGUGGUGGUGAAUCCGGUGCCUAUCCCAGGAAUACUGGGAAUGAGGCGGAAAUACAGUCUGAAUGGGAUACCAGUCCAUCACAGGGCACCAUGCACACACUGUCACACCUAGGGGCAAAGUAGAGUAGCUAAUCCACCCACGAGCCUGUUUUUGGGAGGUUGGAGAAAACUGGAGUAUUCAGAUGAAUCCCACACAGACACGGGGAGAACAUGCAAAACUUUACAAAGACAGUAACCUGAGCUCAGGAUCAAAUCUGGGAUUUGGGAAGGAACUAAAUCCAGUAAAAGUGUGUAUGUGGAAUUUACCCCCAAAAAAGCAUCAAUUCAAUGUGAUUACCUGAAUCGCAAAUCUUCCUUUAGUAGUUUUUGGCAGUAAAACAUGCCAAAAAAAAAAAACUUUCUCCGUUCUUUGCCCAAAACACAGUGCAAUUAUGGAGCACAAUUCUCAAAAUUCUGUGCUGAUCCUAAAAAAUUUCUUUUAUUCAAAUUAAGCUGUCUUUGUAAAAAUACCUGUUAUGGAAAUGACUUUCAGUACACACAUAUACACACACUUCUCACAUGAUGCAAGAUUUCGAAAUUACAGUGGCACUUAAAAUUUACUUAAAACCUAAAACUAGCUCCUGAAACAUUUAUAUGAAAUUAUGUAAAUGUAUAAGGCAGAGAAAGUAUAAUCACAGCUUCAGAUGCUGGAUUUUCAGUGCUUCUGAUCCUUUGGGGAAUCUGCACUUGAGAAAUGUGGUCAGGUAGUAAAUGUCACUCCAGUAGGUUCAACCACAAGAGACUGGAAUCAAACAUUUUUCACUUACAGCAACUUUAAAUGACUUUACAUAACAGUGUUACAGUUUUUUUUUCUUUCUUCAAUCGCAAGAUGCCUCUUCGUCACAGCUCAUGAAUGUUUUUUUUCCUCAUGCCUCAGAAGCCUCAGCUCCAAACAGCAGAACUGAAGAAAUCUACAUUCAUAUCCACAUCUUUAAAGAACUAGUCAAAGAACUGGUUUUCUUCAUGGUUAUUAUUGUUGUUUUUAUUGAUGAUGAUGGUGUUGAUCAGUAUGAUGGCAACAUUUUAUGUUGUGAACUUUUCCCAGGUUCUGUUAAGGUGGUAGGUUUAUUCAGCUUGUGGAUAUCUGUGGCCUUUCAGACCAUCACGACUGAAUAUUAUGUGUUGGUUGUGACAUUGAAUGUAUUGUACAUGCUGUACUUGUCGCUCCUGCCAAGCACAGACGGAGAGGUUUAUGUAUUUCUUCAUUCUUCAGUAAUAAUAUCUGUAAGUUCUGUUGCCACUCAUAAAGCCCUGAUUGACAUCAUCUCAGAGAGCCUGUAAUUAUGUGACUGAAACUAAAUGUGACGCUCACAGUCCCACAGUUCAGUUGCACUGCUCUUUUUUCUCUUCAGAACAAAUUUUUUUAUUUUUAACAUUUACAGUUUUCAGCUACAGUGUUGAGACAUGGUCACUUUUUCCUCUAAGCUCAAGCAGCUGGACUGAAUAGAGUCUUUAAUGGAAUAAUCCUGUAACAUUUGAGGAAAAGUUAAAAGAAAGAAAAACAUUAAGAAUAAGCCGUGAUUUUCUGCUGACUUUCACACCAUCCUAUUGCAUCGUGCAUCAUUUUGGAGUCAAAGAAAUAUCAUGUUUAUGUCACGUUUGCCUUUUUCCCCCAAAAAAAUCCUGCAGUCAUGAGGAAUACUUUGAUUGACUUAAUGAACCCUAAAGGACUUGUGGACGGGAGCAGCACGUCUUGAAGACUUUAAUGAUAAACCUGUCCAGGUCAUGCCUCCACAGAAGCAGCAUCUAUCUUUACUGUUUUUUUUUUUUUUUCUUUUUUUUGCUCAUUUAUGCCCUGUUUGUACAUUAACAAUGCUUUGUAUGUUCAUAUGCUGUUUACCAUGAACUCUCUUGGUGAAAUAAUGAAAAUAUAUUUAUUUUAAAAUAAAGAUGUGCGGAGAUAUUUGGA